AUGUCAUGCAAUGUUACGUACAAGACCCAGGCGGAAGGGCUAGAGCUGACCUACGCAGAGGUUGAGCGUCUCGGCGCUGCGAUGCGGAAGAAAGAAUUUGGAUUCCUAAUGAAGGAAUAUGUGGAGGAGAUAUCUGAACCAAAAUACAAACAAGAGCAAGAUGAAUAUUUGCUGCAAUUGGAGAAACAGGGAGAAGCGCCGAAGGGAACAGCUUUGUUCAGACCCAGGCCUGAGGGAUCAUCCUGCCUAACUUCUGAUGUGUGUGUGCACCCUACAACCAUCGACAAUAUUAGAGCGAAAGACUCUCUUUUGUCGGUGCUGAUCGAUCAAGCCGCGCGCACCCUAGAAGAACAAUUCUUCAAAGGAGAAAAAUUAUCAAGAGUUGGAAGGAAGGAGCUCAAACGGCUGGUCAAACAGGCAAAGAACAAAACACACAUUAAAACUACUGAGCAACAACCAAACCAUCUAGAGCACCAAGACAACCAGCAAGAUCACCAGCAAGACCUCCAGCCAGAGCAGCUGCUGCAUCCGCAGCCAUGGGCUACGUACUCCGUGGUGUAUGUGGGCGAAGUUGGCAUCGGAGAAUUCGCCUCUCAUGAUCUACAAGAAAGUCAAACACAGGCGUCGCGGGCCAGAGCUUCAGAGAUUGUAGUUGAAUGGCACGCUUCAAACCGCCUCGCACUCUCUCUUUGCAAAAGCCCGGAGCAGAAUAUAGUGAUUCCCCUGCCGUUUGAUGUGGAACGGUCUGCUGCAACUGCAAAGUUCUUGAAGGCCAAGCGAGUGUUAAAAGUCCAGGCCCCAGUUGUUGCAGCCGCCAGCAGCACCAAAAACACUAUUAGCAGGAAGAAGAGCAGCACUUUCGAUGGAAAGAAUGUAGAAAAUCCUGCAGGAAUAGGUACUACGAACCCAGAAACUGAUGAAAGCCACCAAAUAGCAAAUACGACAGUCACCUUAGCAGCGCCAGCAGAAGCUUCAGAUAAAGAAACAUUACAUGCAGCGGCUCUAUUGGCACCACACGAUGCAGAUCGUGCAGUGGACUCACAAGUAUCAGGCAGCACAGCAACAGCGGAAGUAGAGACACUAGCAGCUAGAACAUGCGCAACCACACGAGCUGCAGGAUCAGAAGCCACAGCAACACCCACAGCACCUCAAAAUGCAGAUACCGGCAGAGGAAUAGCCGCAGCUCAUAGUGCAGCAGGCAAAACAGUAGAACUUGCUGAAGCAGGAACACCUACAGCAGGCACGGAAGCACCACCUACAGAUGCAAGCACUCGACCAGAGAUCUUGGCAGAUACUUUGUGGACAGCUUCGGUCGCCGCAGCCAGCAUAACAGAGGUAUCUACGGCAUCAGGCAUAUCAGAACCACUUGCUUCCGUGCGAACAGCACUAGAAGUAUCGGCACCGCUAGAAGAGGAUCGGUCUACAAACAUUGCCUUUGGUAGUGCAAAGGCAAGAGUUUCAGCGGAACUGCGGCCACUAGUGCGCAAACAGCUGGACUUGCUGCAGUGCAGCGACGGACAUCAGAACAUUCUGCUGUUCCUACUGCUGCCUCAGCAGCAGCGGCCUGUGGAAACGAUGCUCUCGUUGAGCAGCAACGCUUUGCUGGUAAGGAUCAUAUCCGAAGAGACACCAUGCAGGUUGAGUGUUGCCACUGCAGCAACGCUAGCACCAGAUGGAGAUAUGAACACUAAGUUUCUCGAAAAUCAGAAAGAUCGCAACGAGAACAGUAGACUUUUUGAGUGGGGAUGGGCAGGCGUGCCCUGUGGACCCCUUGACCUGCAGCAGUACAGACUCUCCCCUGCUGCUGUCACUGCGGCAGCAGAACGAUUCCUAGAUGCUACAGCGACAGAGGUACCGGGGGAUAAAAACGCGACAACAGAAGCAGUGGCGACCAUUGCAUCAGCCAAAGCGUCUGCAAUGAACAGCUCACCAGCACUAGCAGGUUCUACAGCAGCACACGCAGUACUCUCAGCAGGCUUUACCGAAGCAAGGGGAGAUAAUGGAAGUAUAAACGCAGAUCAGGUUCUCUGGAGGUUAGUGAUACGCAAGCAUCAGGCAGGGCUUUGGAGUGCCCCUUAUUUUUCUCCAUGUUGCACAACUUGGGAGGAACUCUUGCUACAGCAGAGCCAGCAGGAAUUGGACCAAGAGAAAACAGGGGCAGCUUCAGAGCUAGUCUCGGCUCCAACUGCAGCACCGUUAAAUCCUGACCCGACUAAAGGCUUCAGGAACGAAACAACAACGGUGGCAGCGGAUGAAACCACAGCAAGCCAGCUGCCGCUGGGUCCCUUGCUGCUUCUGGAAAACACUCUGUGGAGGCAAAUAGUCUAA